CACCGGAUUCCAAAACGCCACGGCGGGGCAAGCGCCCAACAAGGUCACCGGACUUUUUCUCUGCCGCGGAGACUUGUCGCCGGAAGCUUGCCGCAGCUGCGUCAUCUUUUCCGUCAACCAAACCUUACUUAUGUGUCCGAAUGAGAGAGAAGCCGUGUUCUAUUACGAGGAGUGUAUGCUCAGAUACUCUCACAAGAAUAUUCUAUCGACCCUUAUAUACCAUGGAGGAUUCAUCAUGACGAACCCCAAUAAUAUUUCAUCUCAUCUAGAAGACCGAUUCGGAGAUUUUGUAUCGUCCACGAUGAACCAAGCUGCCGAGGAGGCAGUGAAUAAUUCUAGGAAGUUCUAUAAAAUAAGGGCCAACUGGACCGCACUCCGGAGUUUGUACGCACUGGUUCAGUGCACUCCUGAUCUUAGAAGACAAGACUGCUUGGCCUGUCUGCAAUACUCCAUCAAUGGAAUGCCUCUUUACAAAAUCGGAGGAAGACUUCUCUGGCCAAGCUGUAACUCAAGGUACGAGCUUUACCCGUUCUACAACGAAAGCGUCAUUGAAGCACCACCACCGCUGGAGUCGUUGGUGUCUACUCCUCCGAUGGCAUCUCCUUCAUUACCUGGGAAAGGUAGGAAUUCAAACGUGUUAGUGGUAGCCAUUGUUGUGCCUAUUAUAGUGGGUGUUCUGCUUUUCAUAGCUGGUUAUUGUUUCCUUGCAAAAAGGAAAAAGAAGUCUUUUGACACAGCACCUGCAUCUGAGGGAGGAGAUGAUAUAACAACCGCAGACUCACUACAGCUCGACUAUAGAACAAUCCAAACUGCAACAAAUGAUUUUGCAGAGAGUAAUAAGAUUGGUCGAGGUGGUUUUGGUGAGGUUUUCAAGGCUUGGAGGCUUUGGAAUAACAGAACAGCAUUAGACCUCGUGGAUCCACUUAUAACAGAUAAUUGCCAGAAUAGUGAAGUGGUGCGAUGCAUCCAUAUCGGUCUUUUAUGUGUUCAAGAAGAUCCUGUAAAGCGUCCUACAAUAUCAACCGUUUUCAUGAUGCUCACCAGUAAUACUGUGACUUUACCAGUGCCUCGACAACCAGGGUUUUUCAUUCAAAGUAGACCCGGAAAGGACCUGCCUGAUUCAGAUCAGUCUACCACGACCAAGUCUAUUCCAGCGUCUAUUGACGAUGAAUCGAUCACUGAUUUAUAUCCGCGCUAAAUAUGAUUUUAAUUAUCCUUCACGCUUGUAAUCAAGUUUAAGCAUAUAUUUACAUAUUUCUAGAUGUGAUCAACCCUAUGUAAUUUGUUUUGAUAUUUAAUUAAAGAACAACUAGUUCA